UCUACAGCCAACAUGAGCAACAUGAACAUGAGGGGCAAGAUCAUCUUCUACGAGGACAGGAACUUCCAGGGUCGUUCCUAUGAGUGCAUGAGCGACUGCUCUGAUAUGACCUCCUACCUGAGCAAGUGCCACUCCUGCAGGGUUGAGAGCGGUUGCUUCAUGGUCUACGACCGCCCCAACUACAUGGGAAACCAGUACUUCAUGAGGAGGGGCGAGUAUGCUGACUACAUGAGCAUGAUGGGAAUGAGAGACUGCAUCAGGUCUUGCCGUAUGAUCCCCAUGCACAGAGGCCAGUUCAGGAUGAAGAUCUUCGAGAGGGAGAACUUCGGUGGUCAGAGUCACGAGCUGAUGGAGGACUGUGACAACAUCAUGGACCGUUACCGCAUGAACGACUGCCAGUCCUGCCACGUGAUGGACGGCCACUGGCUGAUGUACGAGCAGCCCAACUUCAGAGGCAAGAUGAUGUACAUGAGGCCCGGAGAGUACAGGAGCUUCAGGGACAUGGGCAUGAGUGGCAUGAGGUUCAUGAGCAUGAGGCGUAUCAUGGAUUCUUGCUAA